AGAAUUUCGUGGGGACCAGUCGAUAUCCGAACUUUCUCAUUUUUUACUUAUUUGCCCUUAAGAGGGAAUUCAUUAAUAUAUGUCGUGGAACGAUUCGCGAUCAUUUCUCGAUUUAGAUAUUGAAUCGAUUCUCAUAGGGGUGGGGCGGAAAGUUACUAAAUACUUUUGGUAACAUCGUAGUCUCAUGUAAAAACGGUGACCAUUGCUAAGUCGUAGGAGGAAUGUUACGUGACCGUGACCGUUACGUAAAAUUCGCAUUCCUUCUCUUUUGCGGAAUGCGUCUUAUCCCGGAAUGUGUACGUCGCAUUUAUGAUGAUGCAACGUUAUCGUUCGAGUGAAUCAAUUGCGCGAGGAAUUAUGUAUAACAUAUUGCUAGAUGGAGUUGACAGCUCGUGUUACGUGUUCGAUGCGCGGAUGGCGGCACAAGUCGAUUGUAAAAAUAGAUACCGUUUGAUACUACGCACAAAUUAAAGUCAUAUAUUCAAAUAUUUCAAGUCUUACGAUCAGAUUCUUAUUUUAUUCAUGAUAGCAAACAGUUUCUGAAAUAAAAAUCGUUCAGAAGCGUUACAGAUUAUCGAAACAAUAAACUAUCCUCUUGACGUAACAUUCAGUCCACUCCUGUCUCCGAAUUCAACCAGCCAAGCACCCAAAUAUAUUCCACUAAUAUAAACCAGAAUGUGAUUAAUAAGAAGGGAAUUACUGAACCGAACCGUAGAAACCUAACAGUGAAAAAAGAAUAAAUACACGCAGGACCCAUGCAUAGAACAGAUUCCGCAGAUUUCACUCAACGCGUUAAGUCGCUUCGGAUAAAAUGCAGAUGAGAAUAUCUGUACACUGGACUUUUACAUUGGAUGAAUCAUUUGUAAUCCGGGAUGCACAUACGAAGUGGUAAGUCUAAAUUCUCGUUUAACGCGAUAAUUAUAGUAAUUAUGAAACAACAACGAAGAGAAUAAACGGUCGGUUUUUUCAGCGUCUGUUAGAGCUGAUGACAUACGAAGCCGCAGAAGAAUCGAACUCCGAAAAUGAGGAAUAUUUUAUCAGCUCCGACGAAUCAGAUACCGACAGCGACGAUAACGAACACUACUCUGAUGAUGAACGAAAUAUUGAGAAUAACACGAUUUUUCACUUAAACAAAUUCUACGCCGAUCACGCGGACAACACGCCGAGACACUUACCUCCAAGGACGCGUAACAUCGAAUUCCGUGAGAAGAUCUACAGAGUGAUCCCCCUGAAGUUGGACGAGAGGAUCUUUAAUACAGUUUCAUCGAACGAUAAAAUCUCAUCCGAUCUAAGGCGAAAUGGAUAAUAAAAAAGUGGACGGUGUCUCGUAAUACAUUUUAUUAAUAAAAAAAGAAAACAACCGUUGUUAAAGUUUUUACAAUGUAAGUGGAGAACCUGUUCGUAGGCGUUAAUUCAAUGUACAUUUGUUCAUUUCACAUCUUUUGAUUUGUCCCCCGCGUUAGCCGCCUACGCAUUUUAUAUUACAACGAGUGUGAUACACAAUAUUAUCUAUAGUAACAAAAUAUGAGUUCGCUUAUGUAUAAAAGGAGGGGGUGGGGGAAGAGAAGAUUAUAUUAACAUACAUGCACACA